CUGAGCCGCUCGGUCUUGGGUGGCUGCGUCCAGAUCUCCGGGCGGCGGCAGCCAAGGCGAGACGCGCUGUCGGGCCGCGGAGGAGCGGAGAAGCGAGACCCAGGCCCAAACUGCAGCGGCGGGGAGCAGAGCAUGGAACAGCGCGCUGGCCAGGCAGGUUGACUGCAGGUUCUGGGAGGACCAGCUUUCUUUGUUUGGAACCCAGCUGGACGGGAUUUCCUUCCCGAAGUCUCUGCCAAUGGGCCAGCUCCUCCCAAUGGCUUUGGCCAGCUUGCCGGAAGGGGACCAUGCUGGAGGCCACAAUUAACCCGGCUGUUUGUGGGGUGGGGGCAGGGGUAGUAUUUAACUGAUACCCUGACAGUUGGGGAGGUGCAGUGGGCAAGGGGUACAGGAAGGAGUGGGAAUGGAAGAGUGGCAGGCAAGAGAGACAGAAAGCAGAGUGAUGAACAUGGACAGGGUGUGGUAUAGUCAAUAGAAAGAAAAAAGUUCGAAAGGGAGGAAUAUAGGAAGGAAGGCCGUUAAGAAUCCUCAUCACCUUUACAGGGAAGGUAACUUCCCUACAAGUUGGAUGGAAAACACCACCCCCUGUCCUUCCCAAGCACCCCAAACCCUCCCUUCCCUCUUUGUGGAAAGUUAAGGGUUCAAAAAGCUAGGCACUUAUUCCUUAAUCUGCUAUAGAAAUGUUGGUUUUUUAAAAUGCUUUCCUAUUGGCUAGCUCCGUGGAGAGGCAAGACAAAUGUAAUUAUCCCUAUUUUACAGGUAAGAAAACUGAGGCUCAAGGAGGCAAAGGGACUGAGCAUGUGAUAGUUAUUGCUCCUUCCCUGGGCUUUGGGGUGAGUGGCCCCUUUAGCUGUACAGAAGUCCAUAAAAUGUCGGGGGGCAGGCUGUGUGUUCAGGUCUGAGCCAGGAGUACCAGGACCUCACUGGGCCUCUUGUCCCCCCACCUCCCUCUAGCUUGUUCUCUGUUGGACAGAGCCCUCCACCGCUACCCUAUAGAUUUUUGGCCCAAUUUUUCCUGGCUUGACAAUUUUUUUCAUCUCCCCAGUUGGGCGGCCUACCGGUGACAGCCACCUGGCAGGCCCGUGUCACUAAGAGGCCGCUUUGGUGGCCAAGUGGCUUGCAUUGUCGUUUCCCCUCAAAGGGGCUGCGAAGGGCCGGCGGGUUGCUAGGACCUCUUGUGAGGAGAAGCUGGGUUAAAGGGGGGGUGGGGCCAGGGAGGAUAAAGGCGCAGCACGUGCGCCGGCCUCCGCAGGACCAACAGACAGAGCGGGUGGGGCCAGCUGGGAGUCAGGCCCCCCGGGCUUCACGCGGGGAGCCCAAAUAUUGGGAACAAAAGCAGGAAAAGAAGAGUGAGAGCAGGAGGGAGGGAGGGAGCAAGGGAGGGAGCGAGGAAGCAGAAAUUAGGGGGUCUUACAUAAAAAAAAAAAAAGAAAGUAGCUUUAGGGGGAAUGUGCCGUGGAGUGUGAAAUUGCAGCCCAUGGUGCUCCAUAUUGUACCAGAAGCUCUUCCAAAAAAAAAAACAAACCAUCCUCCAACGUGACCAGAGGGCUAGGAAGGGGGAGGGGCGGGGAGAGAAUGGGGAGGAGGAGGGGAAAGGGCCUGGCCGGAGCUGGUCAGGUCGAGCUGGAGAGGGGGCCGGAGUGCGGGCGCCAGCUGCUUAGGAUCUGAUCUUGGAGAGGAUGCGCCCAGGGGUGUGCAUGGGGACCCUGGGGGCAAGUGGGCCAUGGCUGUCCCAGACAUGAAUUGUCAGGCGAACUUUGGUUUUCUUUUCUUUCUCCUUUUUUGUGGUAGUGAUGACUUCCAAAACUGGGAAUAGUUCAGAAGAGGAGCUUGGUUGCGGAGCUGCUGCUCUGCUCUACCCUCCUAUCUUCCCGUCUCCAUUUCAGCUUUUCUUCCCUUUGGACUAGUUCCCCCCUACCCUUGGUUCUAAACAGCUCCCCACCCCCCGAACUUUAAUGCGUUUAAUUUGGUCCGCGCUGUGGGGAGCAUUUCCUAGCGAGAUACAUUUAAUUUCGGAAUUUCUAAUCCCUUCCCUCAGAGCCUCCUCCCUGGCUCCCCUCACUGCUCCCCAGGAGGUGGAAGGAGGAAGGUUGGUCCAGGCCAUGGGGGAGGGGCAAGACUGGGAUGGUCCUCGGGGCCUCUGCCAGCAGUCCCCCCACAGGCCCAGCCUCCUUCCCAAACUGCUUGAGGUCAGGCUCCUGGGCCCCAGGUCAGAGCCCUGCAUGCAAAGGCGAGGCAGCCAAGCCUCUGCCUUUCCUUGUCCAAGCAGAAAGAGCUGGGCCAGGGAAUGGGAAACCAGAAAAGGAGCAGAAGGGUCAUGCAGGGAGAAGGUGCAAUUAGGGGCAGUGGACAGGGGUUGCCGAGCACAUCACUUCAUGCACAAUCUGCCCAUAAAUGUAUCUGGGAUUUCAGGGUGCUUGUCAUGCUUGGCUUGGUUUGGGGCACCUUAGCGUAUGUAUACUGUGGGGGAGGAGAGGGGUGUUCAACUGGGACCACCACCUCUCAGACAACUACACUGAGCAGAACAGGUCCGGGACCUCCAGAGAGCCAGGCGGCGCGGGAGCUCAGCACCAAGGAAGGAGGCAAGGGCGGGGGUGCUGAGCGCUAGGCGAGCCUGGCAGGGAAGGGAGAGGAGACGGCGAAGGAACGGAGAUCCACAAGGAAGAUUUAUUGGGCAGAUCAGAUGCACAGAGGCGGCUAAUGAAGCAAAUCCCGAGAUGGGUAUCAGAGCAACUCCCCAAAAGUUUAUUUGCCUUUAAAUUUCCGCAGGGAGGCGGGCGCCUUGUUUGAAGUGUAAAUGCCCCUAGGUUGGGGGGGGUGGUGGAAGGGCCGCUUUGAAAACACCAGAGAGAAAAGGUUCAUUUAGAGGCAGACGGGAAAAGCAACGAACCCUGACAAGUCGGAGCCCGGGUUGUGUUUGGGGUUGGGUUGUUUUCUUUCUUUCUCUUUCUUUUCCUCUUUCCUCUUCUUUCUUCUUCCCUUUUUUCCCUUCUGGCUUUUUUUCUCCUCUAUGAAGACUAUAGAAGAAAGGGAAGAACAGGAAAGGGAGCAUCAGAGGGAGAGGCCAGCGCCUCUGGAGAGAAAUCUGUAAUCCAGACCUUCACUAUGGAGCCCUGGGAGAAGGCUAAAGGGAUUUCUAAUCAUCAGGGAGCAUUGCUCUUUGACCUUCUAGAUCCACCAAUAGGCUGGUGCCAGGGAGGAAGCUGCCAGGAGCUGGCUUGGUGGAGGGUGAAUGUCCAGCUAGUGCAGUGCUGGGAAGUGUGUUAGGAGCAGGGGGAGUAGGGUGCUGGAGUCUCAGGGGCUGCCUGGGAAGUGGACUAUCAUGGAAGGGUCUUCACUCCUCAGGAGGUCCGUGUGACGUGUAGGUGUGUGAGUGCACUUCCAGCACACUUUGUGCAUUAAGUCCCCUUCUUUACAAAACAUGAAACCCCUCUUGCCUGAUGUGAAAAAAUGCCUGUUGUCUGCACUCACACUUCCUCAUAGUGUGUGUAACCUAAGAAUAUGUCUAGCUGGUUCUAGAAAAAUCUGAGUCUUUGUGUCGAUGUGUCCAAGAGUUCAGACUCCCUAAGACAACUUCCUAGAGUUACACUGGGAGACCUGGGGCAAAGAACUCCUUUAGUUCUGAACUCUUCUCAGUAAGGACCCUUCCUAUAUGCCACCCUCUCUCCCCAGUUCUGGGUUAAUUUACCUCCCUGAAAGGAGCCCAAGGCUGUACCAGCUAAUACCCACAUGAGAGGCCCUUUCUCUCAAGCCCAGGAGCCUUUCCCUUCAGACUGCCUGAACUCUGUUUUCUUUUUUCGCCCCCCACACCAAGUUAAUGCGUGUUCGUGGGGUUGUGAGGCCAAAGCAAACCCAGGAGCGCCAUCUGCAGGUCUCGAAAGGAAGAGACUGACCUUCGGGGCUGGACCCUGCGCCUUCCACCUCCAGCCCAAGGGAGCCAGCUUGAACGUCCAAGGGAAGUAGGGGUGGAGGUUGGGAGGGAGGGGACAGGCGGGGAGCGAAUUUUUACUCCCAGAAGUUACUCUGCAGGUGGAUUAAACGGGUCGGGCUCUGGAAGCUCCAUGAAGAAGGGCGAAUGCUAGGAUCCCAGCAAACCCGGCUCCCUAAGGAGUGAGAGGCUCAGAACCCCGUGAGGCUGAGCCAGCCCUGAGCCCCGCCCGAAGAUGAAGGGCGCUCUGAAAACCUGGGUGCAAGAGGCCCAGUAGGACUUUCCUCCUGGCUGAGUCAGGCCAGUUCGGCCCCCAACCUAGCUGCCGCCUGGGUUCCGGCCAGAAGAACAGUGGCGCGAGUCCGCGGCGCUUCUGCAGGCGCCAGGGUGGGCAGGCAGAGGACAGAGUCGCCUCGAGUCCAGGCGGCAAGAGUGCAGCGCGGGCUUCCCUGCGCCGCCCUUUCGCAGACCCAGAAAGCGGGGGAGGGAGCAAAGGAGGGAGAGAGAGUUAAAACAUCAGCUGAAGUGCCAAGAUGAUUUAUGAGACAAGGGAAAAUAUUUCAUAAAGAUCUCCCGGAUAUUCUGUACUUAACCAGUUAGGAGACAAAGGGCUUCUCCUGCCUGAUGCGUGCGAACGGACCUGAGCGAGCAAGGGAGCGAGUGCGGCCGAGGGCUGCGGAGGCUGGGCCAGCGGCUCCAGCAGGAGCGAGGCCGGGCCGAGCGCGCUGCGCCUUCUGCGCUAGCUCCGGAUCCACCGAGCUGGUAGCGGGCGGCGCUCAGCCUCGUUCGCAGCUUCUUCUCCUCAGGCGGGGAGAGGGAACCAAGCCUCGGUCUCCAGCGACCAGUCGUUCUGCACUGCCUCCCCAAGCUCCCCUCCCUGGCCACCCGAGGGUCCAGAAGCCAAGUCCCAGGGCUCUCCCACGGUCGCCUGGGUCCCACUGAGGCAGGUGGGUCCCCGCCGGAGGUCUCCAGCUCGCUACUAAUCCGAGCGCUCUGGGCUGUCUAGACCCCGUAAGGCAAGGGGACAAGGGAAGCCCUACGCGCAGCCGCGCGUGGGACGGGAGAGGACAAACUGCAGGGCACUUUGCCCCGGAAUGAGAAUUGGGGGUGCGUGGUUGGGGAGGUACCUCAAGAGGGAAAGGCGAAAGAGAAGGACCAGAGAGAGGAAGGAAGAACCAGGAGGAACGGAAGGGAACUCAGAGCUGGCGGGGGUGGGGGUGAAUAGGACUAGGGAUGCGGACGGAGCUCAGGACCCCAUGGCUCUUGCGGGCACUGGCCGGUGGAUGGCAGGGCUGGUCCUGAAGUUGAGUUUGAGAGGCGACACGGCGGCGGCGGCCGCGCUGCUCCCGCUCCUCUGCCUCCCCAUGGAUAUGCACUGCAAAGCAGACCCCUUCUCCGCGAUGCACCCAGGGCACGGGGGUGUGAACCAGCUCGGGGGGGUGUUUGUGAACGGCAGGCCCCUGCCCGACGUGGUGAGGCAGCGCAUCGUGGAGCUGGCCCACCAGGGUGUGCGGCCCUGCGACAUCUCCCGGCAGCUGCGGGUCAGCCACGGCUGUGUCAGCAAAAUCCUGGGCAGGUACUACGAGACAGGCAGCAUCAAACCCGGAGUGAUUGGUGGCUCCAAGCCCAAAGUGGCAACGCCCAAAGUGGUGGACAAGAUUGCUGAAUACAAGCGACAGAACCCAACUAUGUUCGCCUGGGAGAUCCGGGAUCGGCUCCUGGCAGAAGGCAUCUGUGACAACGACACAGUGCCCAGCGUCUCUUCCAUCAACAGGAUCAUCCGGACCAAAGUUCAGCAACCUUUCCACCCAACGCCGGAUGGAGCCGGGACCGGAGUGACUGCCCCUGGCCACACCAUUGUUCCCAGUACGGCCUCCCCUCCUGUUUCCAGCGCCUCCAAUGAUCCAGUGGGAUCCUACUCCAUCAACGGGAUCCUGGGGAUCCCUCGCUCCAAUGGCGAGAAGAGGAAACGUGAUGAAGUCGAGGUAUACACUGAUCCUGCCCACAUUAGAGGAGGUGGAGGUUUGCAUCUGGUCUGGACUUUGAGAGAUGUGUCCGAGGGCUCAGUCCCCAAUGGAGACUCCCAGAGUGGCGUGGAUAGUUUGCGGAAGCACUUGCGAGCUGACACCUUCACCCAGCAGCAGCUGGAAGCUUUGGACCGGGUCUUUGAGCGUCCUUCCUACCCUGACGUCUUCCAGGCAUCAGAGCACAUCAAAUCAGAACAGGGGAACGAGUACUCCCUCCCAGCCCUGACCCCUGGGCUUGAUGAAGUCAAGUCGAGUCUAUCUGCAUCCACCAACCCUGAGCUGGGCAGCAACGUGUCAGGCACACAGACAUAUCCUGUUGUGACCGGUCGUGACAUGGCGAGCACCACUCUGCCUGGUUACCCCCCUCACGUGCCCCCCACUGGCCAGGGAAGCUACCCCACCUCCACCCUGGCAGGAAUGGUGCCUGGGAGCGAGUUCUCCGGCAACCCGUACAGCCACCCCCAGUACACGGCCUACAACGAGGCUUGGAGAUUCAGCAACCCCGCCUUACUAAUGCCGCCCCCCGGGGCUCCGCCCCUGCCGCUGCUGCCGCUGCCUAUGACCGCCACUAGUUACCGCGGGGACCACAUCAAGCUUCAGGCCGACAGCUUCGGCCUCCACAUCGUCCCCGUCUGACCGCCCACCCCGGAGGGAGGGAGGACCGACGCGACACGAAGCCUCCCGGCCACCGCCCCAGACCCAGCCCCAUCCCAGGACCCCUGCAGCCCUUCACUUCACCCCGUCGAAGGCCGGACAGGACGGGUGGAAUUGCGGGCGGAAUCGCGGGCGGGACCCUCAGGCCCGGGCCCGCCGCCCCCAACCCCGCCCGCCUCCGCCCCCGCCUGCCUGGACUGCGCGGCUUCGCGAGGAGGGCCCGACCCAGCUUGUCUCCGCCUCGCCCAAGCUGGCCCCGGAGCCUAUCAGCCACACGGCCGGACUCUGGCCCGGCCCGCCGCUGCGCGCGGGGGACACGUUUCUGUGACACACAAUCAGCGCGGACUGCAGCGCGGCUCAGCCCCGGAGCAGCCCGCCUCGGACGCUUCCGCGCCAGGAAGCCUCGCUGGAGGGACUGGGCAAAGGAAAUUAAGAACAAAACGACUUUCUGUUGUAGGAGGAAGAGCCUCCUGCCGAGCCCUCGGGGAAAAGUCCUUACCCCCGCGCCAGCUGGACUGACACCAUCCUCCCAGUGUGCCCUGCCCCAAAGGUGGAAUGGAAUGGUGGUGUACAGGGGGCCAGGCUCUAGGGACACGGGUUGGGGUCGCCAGGUAUUUCUAAGGUUGAGACCCAAGGCACGCAGGCUCCAGCAGCACGCACCCACAGAGCCGACUCUUGGCUCUUCCCUACUCCACCUCAACAGCUCAGUUCCCCAGGGCCCAGGCACUUCCUACUAGUAACCAGACUCUCAGCUUCGCCUUGCCCCUACCUCAGCAUCUCUUCCAUCUGCUGACCUCGCAGUUCCCCCUCCUGCCCGUUAUUUCCCCAUCCCACGACGCUUUGCAUCUCUCCUAACUCGAAGCCCCAACGGAGGCUCUCCCGUGCCUGCCUCAGGACCAGUUUCCGCAGGCCAAGGGCACUGGUCUUUCCCAAGCAGUUACUUGAUGUCCCCCUCCCCCGAUACAGACUCUCAAUCUGCUGGUGGUAGGAGCAGGUUCUGGGCUGGCGUCUGAGCUGCGCGGGGUGGAAGUGGGGGACUGCCCACCCCCAGCCUCCUCCUCUGGCAAUAACUGAACAGAACCGCAAAAAGUCUACAUUUAUUUAAUAUGAUGAUCUUUGCAAAAAGGAAAACAAAACAAAACCCCAACAGGCUGCUGCUUUGUAGAAAGACGGUGUGUGUCGUGUGAAGGCGAACCCCUGUGUAUAUAACCCCGCCCUAUCCGCCCCGCCCCGCCCAGUAGAGUCCCCUUGGCCCGCCCGCCCUGCCUGUAGAUACGCCCCGCUGUCUGUGCUGUGAGAGUCGCCGCUCGCUGGGGGGGAGGGGGGGACACAGCUACAAGCCCACUAAAGCACAGCACGUCCUGGGGGAGGGGGGCAUUUUUUUAUGUUACAAAAAAAUUACGAAAGAAAAAUCUCUAUGCAAAAUGAUGAACAUGGUCCUGUGGACUCCUCUCGCCUCUGUUUUGUUGGCUAUUUCUCUGUAACUCCGUGUUUUCGCUCUCUCCUCAUCCUUUUCCUCUGCAUCUCUCCCCUCUGCUUCUCUCCCCCUCUGUCUCUGUCUCUCUCCGUCUCCGUCUCUUGUCCCUCUCUGUCCCUCCCUCGGCCUUUCUCCCCAGCCCUGCCCCGGCCGCCUUGCCCUCUGAGGCUAGAUCCGAGGUGGCAGCUCUAGCCCCCGGGCUUGCCCCUCGCUGCUGUGCCCCGCGCGCCCUGGGCCGCCGGCGGCCGGGCCGCCCCGCCCUGUAGUUGCUCUCUCCGUAGCAGCGAUGCGCCCUGCAUGUCUCCUCACCCGUGGAUCGUGACGACUCGAAAUAACAGAAACAAAGUCAAUAAAAGUGAUAAAUAAAUAAAUAAAUAAAAAUCCUUGAACAAAUCCUAAAAGGCUUGGAGUCCUCGCCCAGAUCUCUCUCUCCCCUUCGAGCCUUUUUAUUUGAAAAGGAAAAACGAGAAAAGAGAUUAGUUUAAAGGAACUGCCGCUGCCCAGCCAGGCUCCAGUGGCCCGAGCGGGGCAGCGAGCAAGUCAAGGUUUAAACUCCGAGGCCUGACCCAUUCCAGUCCCUGUGGGGCUGGCGAGACAGGGGCCCCAGACCCAGGACCCAGCCAAACCCUCAAAACCCGAUGGCUCUGGUCUCCUUGGCCACUUACAGCGCGUCGGUUCGUUUAAAU